UUAUCGCAUAUAUCUUAACACUUUAUUCAUCUUUUCUUAUAUUAAAUAAUUACAACUAUGUCUUCGGCUUUUUAAGAACAAGAACCUUGAAGGUAGCUUCGGAAGUUAGACAAAUAAGAGUUUGUUGCCAAAAAAAAUAUUUUAUACAAGAUAUUGUUCAUCUAUUUAUAGAGGAGAUAAACCGCCUUUGUACAAAAUUAUAAAUCUCUACUACUAUUAUGUGAAUACUGUAGGCGUCCACAAUCGCGUGGUGCACGUUCUGCCGCUCUGCUCACGCCCGCGGCCGAACCUCCCCCGCAUCCCGCAGCCGCCGACGCUCACCUUCCAUCCUCCGCGCAGCCACUCAUCCCGCAGCCGCGAUCCCCGCGGCGCUCACCUUCCAUCCCGCAGCGCGCACCUUCAUCCUCCGCCUUCCAUCCUCCGCACAGCCACUCAUCCCGCAGCCGCGAUCCCCGCGGCGCUCACCUUCCAUCCCGCGGCGCGCACCUUCAUCCUCCGCGACCGCUCGCGGAUCUCUCAUCGACGUCGAUGCUCCGCGAUUAAGGGGAUCCGAGGCCAACAAACAGCAUGGCGCUCCCCGCGGCGGGCGGGCGAGGAGGCAUGCGCGGAUACUCGGCAGGAUGCUCCGGCGGAAGCGGAGCCACCUCCCCGUCGGCCGCCCGUGUUCUACAGCUCCGUGUUCGCGCAGGUACGCCAGCCGCUCGACGAAAUGCUGUGGUUGCGCUGACAUAUGCUGCAAGGAAAUCUUUUUUUUGCCCAUAUGUGGGGUUGGUGGCAUGGCGUUUUUCUAUUUGGACUUUUGCGCGUGCAGAUCGAAGAGAUCGGGUGGAAGCAACUGGUGAGCGCCACAGGAGAGGGAGUGUCCUGUACUCCUGUCUCACCUUCCGUGUCGUAUUCUGGCUAUGCGCCAUCCUAGGAAACUCGUAUUAGCAGGCUGUUUAACUGCACUAAGAGUCAUGACAGCUGUAUCGACUUCUCUAGGUUGGGUUGCACCAAAUCUGAGCUGUCAUGACAAAAAUCAUGAUGCAAUACAAGCAGAAUAUGCUUCCUGAAAGAUAAAGUAAUCACAAAGUUGAGGCAGAUAAAAUGGUUGAGCAAACCAAUCAAUCUGAAGUUAGCUUUGUGAAGGCUGAGCAUCUAAAUGGAGGUAAAAUUCGGCAGACACGCAUUGAGGAUUACUCCUAUGACAAGGAUGUUGUAGAGAUCAAACUGCCAGACACAGAUCUUUCUUCUGAUUACGGUGUCCAUUUUGUCAAGGAUGUCUGCAUUGAUGAAGGAGUUCUUCCUGAUCAAAAGAUUUCAUCAGAAAAGCAAGUAGACCAAAAAGUGUCUAUAAACUUUGAUUCCAGGGAAGAGAUAAGUGCUGACUCUACAAAAACUGCACAUGAGUUGAAAUCGGAAAUAGUUGUCCUACCUGUCAAGUGUGAUACUCAUGACAAUAUUGUGGAACAGAACUCCUCAUGCAAAAAGCGUGAUCUUGAAGAUAACAAUACUACAGAUGUAUCUACCGAGUCUAAUGAUGAGGGAUUAAAUCCCAAACAAUUACCAUUUCAUGAAGUUGCACAAGAUUACCAGAAGGUUGAUAGUGUCAUUUCGGAGAGCAAUGAAAAUCAGGACUGGCUUUUCACUGGAGAUGCAACCCAUCAGGGACUUGAGAAAUAUGUUAUGACAAAGUUGUUUAAUCGAGUAUUCGCAUCAGUCCUAGAAGAUGUGAAGAGUGAUGAAGAACUUUUUUAGAAUUAACUUGUACGAGAAUGAAACAUCCUGUCUGGUAUGAGAAUUAACUUCCCUCGUUUUUGGCAUUUUUUGCUUGAUGUAUUGCAUCUCUGGCAAGCUGCACACAUGAAUAGGUUUCUGGCAGAAACUGAACCAGGAUUGAAUUGUACUUGUGUCUUGCGUUGGGUUGGUCUUUUGGAUCUUUCUAUGUAUUAUGUCUAUACUUUGUAGACUACUGGCCAGCCACUCCAUUCACGUAUUACUCUUCCAUUGUGAGUUUUUGCUCUUCACUUUCUUAUCACUCACAGUCACUCAGCUUCUCACAUUUCCACACAAGUAGUAGUUAAGGACACAUUUAGUUUCGAAGGACAGUGAACUUUGUAUGAUUCAUUGUGAAUCUGCUGAUCUUCAAAUUGGACAACAAAUGUAUACUCCUUCCUAUUAGAGGUGGUAUUGUGACAGGAGAUGUCCUCAGCGUCCCAUUCCACAGCGUCUACGGACUUCUGGAGGAGGCUCGCCAUAGUAGCAGUUCUCUUCCUCCCAAUGGAUUGGUUAAUUUGGAGCUGGUCACAACCAACAGGCUACAAUAAUACGAUGGGCGGAUCCAACAAUGUAAUGGUGUAAUGGGCUUGGUCAUAUGCUUGGAGGUUAAGAAAUUGACUUGCUGGACCAAUGUAACCGUAUGGCUGAUAUAAUUAAUUUCGUAAACCUUCUGGAUGAAUAAAUGAUCUAGCAUCA